UGCACAGCAAACAACAAACAACAAACAACAAACCGCCUGCGCGUCAACACGGUCUUCAGGGUGAAACUUGUCCACGAGCGUCCUCCGGUUUACUCGUCCAGAAAACCUGAAAGACCCGCGCAGCCCGGCCAGGAGACGCCAAAUUGCCGUGGAAAUUAGACAACCCUCGCAGACUCGUUCUCUGAAGACUCGUGGUGUGUGUGCGUUUGACUGAGGAGCGCCUCUCGGUGGCCGAGCCAUGCAGGUGCAGGAUCUGAUUUGGCAGUUCCGGUUGCCCGAAUUUGGCGACUUCAGGCAAUAUGUGCGUAGUUUGCCCACCAACACGCUGAUGGGCAUGGGUGCGUUCGCCGCCAUCACCACCUACUGGUACGCCACCAGACCACGAGCCCUGAAGCCCCCCUGUGACCUCACCAUGCAGUCUGUGGAGGUGGAGGGCGAGGAAUUCGCUCGCCGUUCCACCCUCCUGGACAGCGACAGGUUGAUGAUCCGCUUCUAUGAUGAUGCACGGACCAUGUACGAGGUGUUUCUUCGUGGAAUCAGAGUGUCCAAUAACGGCCCUUGUUUAGGAUCGAGAAAACCCAAGCAGCCAUACGAAUGGCUCUCGUACAAAGAGGUUGCAGACAGGGCCGAGAUGAUUGGCUCAGCGUUGCUCCACAGAGGUCACAGUAAAGAAGGAGACAAAUACAUUGGUAUCUUCUCCCAGAACAGACCUGAGUGGACUAUAUCUGAGCUGGCCUGCUACACGUACUCGCUGGUGGCUGUUCCCCUGUAUGACACACUGGGCACCAAGGCCAUCGGCUACAUCGUAGACAAAGCCGAGAUAUCGACGGUGAUCUGUGACACGGUGGAGAAGGUGCGCACGGUGCUGGAGUGUGUGUCGGGUCGAGAGCACAGCGUCAGGACCGUCGUACUGAUGGAGGAGAAGGAGAGCGAGCUCACGGCACGAGCCGAAAAGCUGGGCAUCCAGAUUCUCAGCCUGAGGGAACUGGAGGCUCUCGGCAGAGCUUAUCACAAACGCCCGGUGCCUCCUACACCUGAAGACCUCGCACUGGUCUGCUUCACCAGCGGAACGACAGGGCAGCCGAAGGGUGCGAUGCUCACGCACGGCAACGUCAUCUCCAACUGCGCCGCCUUCAUCCGGAUCACGAAGAUACACUGCAUGCUCAACCACACCGAUAUCCACGUAUCUUACCUUCCCCUCGCGCACAUGUUCGAGAGGGUGGUAGAGAGUGUGAUCCUGGUGCACGGCGCGAGGAUCGGUUUCUUUCAGGGCGACAUCCGUACGCUGAUGGACGAUCUGAAGACUCUCAAACCCACCGUGUUCCCCGUCGUCCCCCGACUCCUCAACCGCAUGUUCGACAAGAUCUUUGGGCAGGCGAACACUCCGCUGAAGCGCUGGCUGCUCGACUUCGCCACCAGGAGGAAAGAGUCGGAGAUGCGCAGCGGCAUCGUGAGGAAGGACAGCAUGUGGGACAAACUCAUCUUCAACAAAGUCCAGGUGAGUCUGGGUGGGCGUGUGAGGCUGAUGAUCACCGGCGCCGCUCCCGUGUCCCCCACUGUGCUGACGUUCCUGCGGGCUGCUCUCGGUUGCCAGUUUUAUGAAGGUUAUGGACAGACAGAAUGCACUGCAGGAUGCUCCAUGUCUCUGCCAGGAGACUGGACGGCAGGUCACGUGGGUCCUCCUUUACCCUGUAAUUAUGUGAAACUGAUCGAUGUGGCUGAGAUGAGCUACUACGCAGCCGAGGGAGAGGGCGAGGUGUGUGUGAAAGGACCAAACGUGUUCCAGGGCUAUCUGAAAGAUCCGGAGAAGUCCGCGGAGGCCAUCGAUAGAGAUGGCUGGCUGCACACAGGCGACGUCGGCAAAUGGCUCCCGAACGGCACGCUGAAGAUCAUCGACAGGAAGAAGCACAUCUUUAAGCUGGCUCAGGGCGAGUACAUCGCUCCCGAGAAGAUCGAGAACAUCUACAUCCACAGCGACCCCGUGGCUCAGAUCUUCGUUCAUGGAGACAGUCUGCAGGCAUGCUUAAUCGGCAUUGUGGUACCAGACCCCGAAUUCCUCCCUGGAUGGGCCAAGAAAAGAGGACUUGUGGGCUCCUACCUCGAGCUGUGCAAGAGCAAGGAAGUGAAAAAUGCCAUUCUAGAGGACAUUGUGCGGUUGGGGAAAGAAGGCGGCCUGAAGUCCUUUGAGCAGGUGAGGGACAUCGUCCUGAACCCCGAGAUGUUCUCCGUGGAGAACGGCCUCCUUACACCAACCCUGAAGGCCAAGAGAACGGAGCUGAGGAACCACUUCAAAGAACAAAUCGAUCGGCUCUACGCCAAGAUCAAGACGUAAACACAAACAGAGAUGGAGGGGG